ACGUUAACUUCCAAAGCGAAUGAGUUGGUGAGCGACAUUGGAUUAAGUGAGGAUGAGCGACGGGAUGAAAUGAGGAGGCGAAUUGAGGGGAUCAGUAGCAGCUGGGAGAAGCCCGAAUGCAGCAGCUGUAAGAACUGGCAUUUGGCAGCUGAAGAGGAAGAAGUGAGUAAUGCCAGAAGGAUCACCUAUGCAGCUUGCUGUCUAUGCUGUUGUCAUGAAAAUGAUCAUCGCUUACUGAUUUAUGCAACGGGAGAUAACGAAUUCGCUCCGCCGCAUCACCUCGCAUUCAAAAUUGUCGAUGGAAACAUGAGGGAAAUUACUGAACCAGCAAGAAGAGGGACAGCAGCAGCAGCGGCAGCAGCAGCAGCAGCAGCAGCAGCAACAGCAGCAGCAGCAGCAGCAGCAGCAGCAACAGCAGCAGCAGCAGCAGCAGCAGCAGCAGCAGCAGCA